AUGAAGUUUUCUAAUUCCAUUGGAAAAUGGGAUUUUCUUAUCAAGAAGAGAAAUGAAAUCAGCCUUUUCAUGAUCAUCUUUCAGUAUUCCUCUACAAGUGGGACCUACAACUGCAUCACCGGGCUGGCCUCGCCGAACCCGGCCACCUUCCUCACCUCCGCCAAUGAAUACUUCGCCGGCGACCACGACUUCACCAACAAUCAUUCACCGCCACCGGACGCCGACCUCUUCACAUUUGGCGGCAGUGGGCUCCUCACCAUUGGCACUCUAGGCAUCGCCGCUGUCGCGGUCCCUGCAGACGCUGACGACGACGAUUACGACGUCGACGUCGAUGCCGACUCCGACGUUGACGACAACGACGACACCGCAUAUGAGGGGGACAAGGCCGACAGCGCCGUCACGCCCACAUUCACAUACACGGCGCCGCCUCCGCCAGAGGCCGCCGCGGUCGUCGAGAAGGCAGCAGUCGCCGUGGUGGAGGCCAUCACCGAGAAGGACGACGACACCACCACGGAGGACGACCUGAUGGUGGUGAGCGCCGAGCUGGAGAAGGUCCUCGGUGGCAUAACAGCGGCGCCACGGCGACACCGUGGCGUCGGCGCUGGCGACGCCGCCGAGUCGCGCCUCGAGCAGCCGCGGGAUAGCAAUGGCAGCAGGCGCACCUCGCUCGGCGAGCUGUUCAUGCGCAGGCGCUUCGCCGACGAGAAGGUGGCGCUCGUCGCCGUCGAGGAGGGCGAGGACGGCGGGGAUAGUGGAGCCGCCGGUGGAGAAAGGGAUGACAGGAAAGCGGGGAAAGGCGGCGGCGGAGGCCACGAGACAAUGAAGAAGAGGUGGGUGAAGGAUGAGAAAGUCACCGCUGGUGAAGGAGCCCUGGCGAGUGCGGCAGUGACCAAGAGCAAGUUUCAGAAGAAAAAUGAUGAGCCAGUUCUGAAACAGGGAAGCGUUAAUUUUGCUCAUUUGCAGAUCCUCCAAAUCUUCCACAGGAAAGUGUACCCUGAGAGCGCGGCCCUGGCGCGGAACCUGACCAAGAAGAGCCGCAAGCGCGGCAGCGGUGGCGCCGACGAGCCCGCCGAGCCGGCGUCGUCCAAGCUCCGGUGCCGCAAGGAGCAGCGCGCGCCAGGGUUCGGCUGCUGCGCCAACCGCGCCUCCUUUGGUGGCGCCGCUUCUCCCAUCGACGACGACGACGACGACGAGCUCAACGGCAGCAAGAGCGGCCACUGGAUCAAGACCGACGCUGAAUACUUGGUGCUGGAGUUAUAG